AGCAGUUUUCAACCAACACUCCUCAACAAUGGCAUUCAAGUUCGUCCUCUUCGCCGCGUGCGUGGCUGUGGCCCGCGCCGGAGUCCUCCCCGCCGCGCCAGUGGCGUACGCCGCCCCCGCGGCCUACGCUCACGCCCCCGUGGCCUACGCCGCCCCCGCUGCGUACGCUCACCCCGCCCCCCUGGCCUACGCCGCCCCCGCUGUCGCUAAGGUCGCCGCCCCCGUCGCCUACGCCCACGCCCCCGUUGUCGCAAAGGCCGUUGCCGCCCCCGUCCUGGCCAAGACCGUCGUCGACACCGACUUCGACCCCAACCCCAGCUACGCCUACAACUACGACAUCCACGACACCCUGACCGGCGACGCCAAGAGCCAGCAGGAGUCCCGCCAGGGUGACGUCGUCCAGGGCUCCUACUCCCUGGUUGAGCCCGACGGCAGCCGUCGUACCGUCGAGUACACCGCCGACCCCGUCAACGGCUUCAACGCCGUCGUGCACAAGGACGCCCCCGCCGUCGCCGUCAAGGCCGUCGCCGCCCCCGUCGUCGCCAAGGUCGCCGCCCCCGUCGCCUACGCCGCCCCUGCCGUGCACGCCGCCCCCGUGGCCUACGCCGCCCCCAUCGCCAAGGUGGCCGCCCCCGUCGCCUACGCCGCUGCCCCCGCUGUCUACCACCACUAAGUUCCUAUUGCCCCUAUUUAUUCAAUCCAAAAAAAAAAUGAAACAAAUAAAUCAAACGUAAAAACAUGACUUAAA